UUGAGCCUGGGCUCCUCCUGCUGGGUGACGUCACUGUGAAUAGGAAGCAAGUGAAGUGGAGAUGAUGAUGAUGAUUAUGGCUGUGUAGCAGGAGAGUAGCGGGGUAAUAAAACACACUGACCGCCUGAAUGGCAGCUCCGCACAGCCCUGGUCCCGCAGACCCGCAGCCGCAGCGCGGAGGAGUGACCGGCGGAGUGAGGGGGAUCAGCACGCAGACGGACAGCAGGGUUCAGGGCCCCGGACCAAGACUGUCCAAAGUCAACCUCUUCACAUUGUUGAGUCUAUGGAUGGAACUUUUCCCUAAGAAGAAAUCUCAGGAACAAGAUAAUGGAUCUGCCGGAGACACCGGACUGGUGGUGGUUCAGGAUCAGAGAGUGCUGGGGCUGCACUGCUCUGGGUCGGUGCAUGCAGGUCAGGUAGCAGUGCUCAGACAUGGAUCCAGGCUAAAGGGGUGUGAUCUCUACUUCUCCAGAAAGCCCUGCUCAACCUGUCUCAAGAUGAUCAUCAACGCUGGUGUGAACAGGAUCUCUUACUGGCCUGCUGAUGCUGAAAUAACCCUGCUCUCUGAUGAAGAAAGAGCUGCAGAGGAGGCCAGGCUGGACGCUCAAGCUGCCGAACGGUUAAAAUCCAACAGCAGAGCUCAUAUAUGUGUGAUGCUUCAGCCUCUAGCCAACUCCAUGCUUCAGUUCGUAGAGGAGACGUCCCGCAACAGCGACUUCCUGGGAAGAAUGGCGGCAGAUGACCAGUCCCGGGACAUCGGUGAACUCUUUAUGGAGGAACGGCUGAAGCACUGGGAUAAUUUUUCUAGAAGGUUCUGCAUAGAGGAUGCAGAACAGCACAGGAAGCUGCUGGAGAAGAUGGGUCUGGAGAACUUUAGCACUGACCCGUAUUUCAUUACGCUGCGGCAGCACAUGAAAGACCUGAUUAAGGUUCUGGCUUCUGUAGCUGCCAGUGUUCCUGUUCAAGAACAUGAGUACGGGUUCUAUGAGACAGAAACCACACCCACUAAGGACAGUACACUACCUCAGGAGGUUGUGUGGCACUGUAUUAUACAGGCUGCACUGCUGGCUUAUAGAACAGAAGAUCCUAAAGUGGGAGUCGGUACAGUCAUUUGGGCAGAAGACAAAUGGCAGUCUGAGUGUGAUGGAAUGGGCACCAUGUACCUGGUGGGCUGUGGUUAUAACGCGUACCCUGCAGGGUCGAAGUACGCCGAAUUCCCACAGAUGGACACCAGACAGGAAGAGAGAUGCAACCGCAAGUACCGGUACAUCAUCCACGCCGAGCAGAAUGCGCUCACGUUCAGGAGCACUGAAGUGAGGGGGCAGGAGAAGACCAUGCUCUUCGUGACGAAGUGUCCGUGUGAUGAGUGUGUGCCUCUGAUUUGCGGCGCAGGCAUCAAGCAGAUUUACACCACUGACCUGGACAGCGGCAAAGACAAGCAUGACAUCUCCUACAUGCGCUUCAGCCAGCUCAGCCAAGUGCAGAAGUUCAUUUGGCAAAAAUCACCUGCGGCCAGAAGUGCUUCUGAAAAGUCUCGUCCACCUCUAGCAAAUGGCCACUUGAAGCACAGAAGGGAAGAAGACACUGACUGUCAUAACAAGAGACAGAGAACAUAAGGCAAAAUCCCAGCUACAAUCCCCAUGAAUAAUAAUCUGAAUAAUAUAAUUAUUCUGAAAUCUCUUUAUUUAUUGUUAUACCGUUUUGUAUUUGCACAGAACAAACCAGUUAAAUCAGGGGUGUCUUAUCAUAUAUGCAAGAGGACGGUGUGGCUGCAGUAAAUAUCUCUUUACUAAAUUUAUAAAAAGCAUAUUUUAACAGAUUUAGAAGAUUCACUGCAAUAAUGGAGACUGUAAUCAUUAACCCCUUAAGCUGUGACUAUAUACUAAAGAAAAGUAAGUUUGACAGGGAUGCACUGAAUAUUCGGCAAACAAAUUUUUUGGCUGAAAAUGGCAAAAAAACACUUAAGCUGUUUGACUAGAAUAUUACCACACAGCUACAUUUAGAGGUAAAUUCAUGAUUAGAAUGGCACUACAAGGUAAGCCUAUUGUGCUCUGACGGUUUAUUCAUUCAUACCAAAAUUAAAAGGUAUGAAUGAAUAAAUUAAUUAAUUAAUUAAUCUGUGCAUCCCUAAUAUUCGGUAACUAUUGUUUCCGUAAACAUCAUUGUUUCCGUGCUACUAUAGGUUUUUUCCAACUUGUUCCAAAAUAUUUCCCUGAAGAAAAAAAAAAAGAAUAAAUCUGUUUUACCCGGUUUUACCUUCAUAUCUCCCAAAUUAUCCAGUCAACUGAGAAACUGAAGGUUUUUAUUAAGCUUUUUACAAAUCUAAGUGACAUACAGCAGAUGUAGGUGUUUAAAAUAAAAUACAAUACAGCUUGGUUUAGAUUGGUCUUGUUUAGUUAUUAUUAUUUUUUAACUGCUUUUAGAGUCAAAAGAACACAUGGUACAAAUGGUUAUAUUUUAAAGUUGCACUAAGCAUGAAGUCUCUGUUUACCUUUAUCAAAUAAUGUGCUUAUAAAUGUACAAAACUAUACAAUACUACAGCUCCAAACUUCAAAGUCUAGACUGAAUUUGUCAGCUGCUACAUCAUAAAAGGCUGCUACUAAAUGAAGGACCAUUCUUAUACAGCCAGAGUGAUCUGAUCUGAAGGACGCAACUGAUGUAUCCUUCACUGCCUUUAGUUACCCAGAAUUCACUGGGCACACAUGCAACAAAGGGAAAAAGAAAACUGUGGACCACUGGUUAUAUGUAUUACACACAGCAGUGAAUGAGAAAUUUGUAUGCACAAGUAUAUUCUGUAAUGCACAAAUUAAAAGUAAGGACUGGCUAUUGGUCUGUCUUAAAUCCUAAAAUUAUGUAGCAUAUUUAUAGGUUAAUAUUAUCACCAAAACGUGUCAAGAUAGAUAUUUAAUAUUCAUUUUAAAGCAUUUCUAUUGGAAAAUUUACCAGGAAAUAAAAAAAAGAUUCAGAUCAUGUCAAAAAAUGCUAAAAUACUCCUAAAUAAGUAAAUACCAGGAAUUAUGAUUUGUCAGAAUUUAAUAACCAAUAUGUUUUACCACAUUUUCUCUUUAAGUGCAGCACUUUGUCUAAUUUAUUCAUAAAAUCUGUACGCUGCGUCAAAUAUUCAUAAAAAUAUGAAUAUUUGACACAGCGUAUCCAUAAUGCAUCACAAACAAAAACAAUAUAAUAUAUUGCAAUAUUAAUAUUUUGUCCCACCUGUAGUAAUUAUCGUGACAGGUCUUGUUGCUUGUUGUGUUGUGUUUGUUUACUAGGUGAACCAAUGCACUUUUUUACACACAGAGCAAGAAAAAACGAGCAAAAAAGAAAAUAAUGCUUGAAUUUUCCUUUAUUGGUGAUAUGGUACAAUUAGCAUUUAAGAAGGAAGGAUGCAACCAUGUGUGGCAUGGGAAACGAUAUCAGUUUCGAUAUGGUAGCUCAUCUUGAUUUCGUUUUUUGACUGUAAUUUCUUUGUUACAUAUGAGGGUGUGAAGAUACUGGAUAAAUUUGGCUCAGAUGCUGUUUUAUAUAUUACUACUAUAUUUAAAUGGUUCCCCUGCUGAAGGGCUGACAUGUUUUCCAUGGCUGACUUCUUAUUUUUAUUUUUUGACAUUUUGCGCAAUACUGAAAAAGCCUGCACCCGAUCUGAGCUAUUAAUGCAGAUUGAAACCGCGAGGAAGGGAAGCAAACAGACUGUGCGACGGUUUGGAUUUCUUCAUCCUCAAUAAAGAUUUGGCAAUGAAUGAA